AUGGCUUUCUCUCUUGGGACCCAAGUACUCUCCCUUCUCAUUGUUUUGCUUUUAUUACAAACUCUGGGCGAGCCUGCAACUUUCGUUCAUUCUCGAUUAGCUUAUUAUCCAAAUUCUGAAGCACAAGGAAUAGACAUUGGUGCAUGCGGAUUUGGUUCAUUUGGAGCAACAAUCAAUGGCGGGGAUGUCUCAGCUGCCUCUGACCUCUAUCGCAGUGGCCUCGGAUGCGGUGCUUGUUACCAGGUGAGGUGCACCAACAGUGCCUAUUGCUCAGACAAAGGAGUAACUGAAGUUAUAACUGACCAAGGCUCGAGUGAUCACAGAGAAUUCAUCUUUAGUAAGCGAGCGUUUGGCCGAAUGGCUCAAACUAUUGACGCAGCUGCUUCUCUGCUGUCUCUUGGUAUCGUUGAUAUCGAAUACAGACGUGUAUCAUGCAGCUAUCCAAACAAAAAUAUUACAAUCAAGAUCGAUGAGAACAGCAACUAUCCUCAUUAUUUGGCUUUUGUAAUAUGGUACCAGCAAGGGAAGAAAGAUAUCAUAGCUGUCCAGCUGUGUGAGACAAAAAACUUUGUAUGCAAAGUAUGGGACAGGAGUUAUGGAGCAAUUUGGACAACAACUUCACCACCAAGUGGAGCGUUGCAAAUAAGAAUGUUAUUGAGUGAUGACGACUACGAGACUUGGGUUGUUCCUCAGAACAACAUACCAGAAGACUGGAAAGUUGGAAAAACAUACGACUCUGGAGUUCAAGUUAACUGAUCUGAUCAGAUCAGAUUUCAUUAAUCCUGUUUAAUUAUCAAUUUUUAUUA